GGCACCAGAACGUCACGGCGUACUUCCCCUGUGGGGAGAUGGCUGUGACGGACCUUCUCGAAGGCCAGUUGGCAUUUCUGUCACACAUUAAGGCCUACGAGGACAGCCAUCUUGGGACUCGUCUACUCCAGAAGAAGUUGGCCUGGAAGUACGAGUUCCUUUUCUGCUGUCUUGGGUGCCUCUCCCAGGAGCAUCUGCAGGAAAUCGUCGAUGACAUCGGGGAGAUCUCCAAUAUGUGGAGUCGCCUGAACGGCUUGGCAGUAAGGAAGUUCUUUGCCUUCCUCAUGGCCAACUCUAAGGUUGCUCGUGGGGAGCGGUUGACCUUGCAGCGAUGUGAGCAACUCGGGCGCAUUUUUCGUGCAGGGCUGGCAUCAGGUACGGCAGCAACAUCUUCUAUAUACGCGAAGCUGGAUGUCGGCGCGUUCUUCAACCAUGGACAUGAGCUCUAUUUGACGGACAAUGGAGUCGUCUUGUCCUACGCUGAUGUCGCGCCGAUUUACCUGACGUACCACUACCGUCCUCCUCACGAGAAGGAUCCUGGUGGCCUCAAGCACGAGCAGAAGCAGCGCGCCGCCGGAGUAAGCUCCUGUUUUGAGGAGGCAAUUCCACCUACGGCAGCUGCCUCGUCUUCUGUCAAAGCCGCGGAAGAAUCUCCCUCUGGAAAGGAGGCAGCCUUGAGGUCCACAGCGGAAGAGGGUACUACUCGGUACUCCUAUAAGCUAGUUGGUGACACCGUUCACGGACGAGUGGACGCAACCCGUCUCCAACAAGAGGAAGAGCUCAAGGAGAUCCUUCAGAAAGCACGAUACAAUCCGUGGUGGCACCUCUUUCAGCACGGAUUGCUUCGUCGCGUGGAUUCGACAGGGAACAAAAUGCACGCUCCCUACGGGGAUGCGCUGGUCAAGACGACCCCGUUCAACGCCCUGCCGACCGACAUGCGGAAGCUUCUGGGUUCUGAGUACAAUUGGGCUUUCGAAUUGGGGAAAAUGCAGGGCAACCUGCUGGUGGAGCUGACCUGGAAGGAGAAGGCCUAUACCAACGGCUAUAGGAUGUCGGGUUCCCAAUGCCUCGAGACGAAGACCCUCGAGACAAGGUCAAGAACGUCGGAGUUGAUGAAUGCGAUGCUUCACUACUUCCUGGCAGCUGGCGUGGACGAGGAGGAACUCGGGGACCUCUCCCUUGAUUGA